GAUGAUACAGCAUUGCGCGGUAUGAGCUCAGAAAUGGAACAAAAGAAAUCAUCCUAAAACAGGGAAUGGUGGGAGCACGAAUGUGGAAAGUAUAGAAGUUAUUUUGAACCCAUUAGCAAAGGCAAAUCACUCUUUGGGCCCUGAUUUAAAGGGUAGUCUUUUGGCAAAUUUGCUGUAAGCGCGUUGCUCCCCACCAAAGCCAGCUACAGGGGAGGGACUGCCGAUUUCUCGACUUUGCAGCUCUGAAUGAAGGGGAGGGGGUCCGUAGACCGAAAUUGAUGGUAGUGGGCUACUGAGGAAGACUACUCCUCUUGAUAUUAAAGACAAAAUACACAUUUCAGUCGAACACAGCAGAGUUGGUGAAACGGGACGGUGGUGAAACAUGGAGAUGUCUGAGGGGCUGUCACAGCAGGAGAGACUCCAGGCUAUAGCGGAGAAGAGGAAGAGGCAGACAGAGAUUGAGAAUAAGAAGAGGCAGCUGGAAGAUGACAGGAGACAGCUCUCUCACCUCAAGCAAAAAUCCCUGAGGGAAAGAUGGCUGCUGGAUGGAGCUGCUGGCUCGGAGCAGGACGAGGCCAAGAAACAGCUUGUGGAGGACGAGGCCAAGCUCAAGGGUAUGGAGGAGAACAUCAUUAGAAUGGAGCAGGAACUGGAGGUGCUGGAGACGGGCGUGUCGGCGACCUCUACCAAAGAGAGCCUGACAGACGCAGCAACGAAAGAGGAAGCCAAGACAGCAGACAACAAAGCUCCGGCAGGCACUGUGCACGAGGUCAAGGGAGUUACAGAGGUCAAGGAAGUAGUCAAAGUGCACACCAGCCCUCAUCUGGAAAUGUCUGGAGGUGCCUCAGAUAGGAUGAGAGCAGAGGUCAAGGAAGUGCUCAAAGUGCCCAACAGCCCUCGUCUGGACAUGUCCGGAGGUGCCUCAGAUAUGACGAGAGCAGCGAUGUACUCAGUAGAGAUCACCGUUGAGAGGGACAAUGUCACAGGCGAGACUAAGGUGUUGUCCACCAACACCCUACUGCCUAUUAACCUCUCUGGGCAAGGGGUCAAGGUGUAUGAGGAUUACCAGAAAGUGGUACACGAGGUGAACGGGGAGAACGGGGUCCACCAGCUCAGCGCCAAUGAGGUGGACGAGCUCAUCCACAAAGCCGAUGAGUCCAUGAUGAGCGACGCCACCACCGCUGGCGCCACCUCCACUGCCCCCGUCGUCCCCACCGAUGCUGAGUUAGCCGCGGAGCAGCAGACGACACCACAGAAGGAGAUCACUGGCAUGGAGGCCAAGGCGGGCGGCGCCAGUCCCCAGCCAGGUGGAGGCGAGGUGGAGGCCAGUGCUGAGAACCCCGUCACCAUGGUGUUCAUGGGCUACCAAAGCGUGGAGGAUGAGGCGGAAACCAACAAGGUGCUGGGCCUGGAGGGCACCGUCAAGGCCCAGCUGGUGGUCAUCGAGGACGGCGAGGGCAAGAAUGUGACGGUGGGGCCCAACCCCGCCACUGUGACCGUCACCGAGGGAGGCACCAAGGAAGAGCAGUCGCCCCCGCCCAACGGCAGUGCCGCCGACCCCGUUAAGACCCCCCAGGAGAAGGCCCCCGGGGGGGAGAAGGGGAGCGAGCCAGAGGGGGGCGCCACUGAGCUCAACAAUAAGGAAAAGCAGCCCUGCAAGUGCUGCACCAUUAUGUGAGCCACCGUUGUGUGGCCACAUUCCCCCCGGGAUUUGACUUUUCAAGGAGAAAUGACAAACCAACAACAACCAUAGCGUGAAAAAAAACAACAUAAACUCACCCCUUUCCCGUUAGCCCCCCUCCCGACAAAAAAAGGCAUAAAUGUUCUGUAUCUUUUGAUAGCCGGCUGGUGUUUCCCAACUUCAUUUUCAUCUCUUGUUUUAUAUAUUUCAUUUCAUUUUUCUCCUUUCAUUCUUUUAACUUUUGUAUUAUUUUGGGUUGUGAUUAAAACGGAUGGUGCCAAAGGCGAGUCAUCCCUGCGUUUUCACACUUUGAGGUUUCUAACGGAGAGAGGAGAUAGAAAAGGAAAGAUAGAGGGAGAGAAAGACAGAGGAACUGGUUCGUUCACACACCCAGCAUUGUCCAACAAGCUUUUUUUUAAUGACAUCUCUAAUACACCGUCAUGAGUUUUGUAAUCUUAACUUUCUGUAUGAAGGACAGAUAUAUGUCUCUGUAUAUCUAAAUAUCUAAAUUCUUUAUUUUAAAGAUAUAUUUAUUUGACUUUUUUUAUUUUUUGAAAAAGCCCUGACAGAAGCAUGUUAUACAUUGUGCUUUCUGUCCUCUGCUAGUGCAUUUUAGAUAAAAACAUGGGGAAAUAUUUAUGACUGAUAAAGCUGUUAGAGAAUUCUCUUGGAUUUUGUUUUCCAGAAAGAAAAAAAAAGAAAGGGGACUUUGGAAUUUCUGAGACAGACACCAACCACACUGCUAUUUGGAAGUGACAUGCAAUGAGACGUGAUAUUGAUGACGUCAUUGUACUGUGUGCGUGUGUGUAUGGAUAUCCGUGCGUGGGUGUAUGAGCAUGCAUGGAUGUGUGUUUGAAUGUGUGUGUUGGAUUACAAUGGCCUCAUUGGUCCUUAUAUCAUCCUACACUACACUACCCACAAUCCCCAUCACCUCUUUUCUUUCUGGAAGAAAAAACAAUACUCGCUUUUUUUUGUGUCAUUUUCCCGCGCCCAAAUCAACUACACUAGUUCGACAACACUUGUAAUGAAUUGAAUGCGUGAAGGUCUUUCAUACCGAAGCUUGAGACUGAUGAAAUGAAUGCCCCUGUGUAAGCCUUGACGUUUGUGUGGUUCACCCCCACUUAACUACAUUACCAAGAAUACAACUACCCCUUUAAAAUAAAUAAUGCCUUUGUGAUAACAGUA